AUGCCAAUAUUUAUAGAGAAACUUGUUCGUGGUAGCAUUGACAGAGUUUAUUCCUUUGAGAGAGAAAUGUUGAAGAAAAUUCGACACUUCAGUCACCAGCAUGAUCUGCAGUUGUUGGACGGCGGACUAGAAGCGCCCUGCGGUAUCUGCAAUCGUUUAAUCCCAAAUGAUAAAAACAGAUACUUCUGCGGUAUAUGCGGCCAAUAUCGCAUCCACGAAAAAUGUGCUGAGUGGCUGGAAUACAUGAACCACUCAUUGCAUCCUCUCCACCCUCUCAAGCUUGCAAAGAGAUCAUUAAACAACAACAGUUGCUGCUAUUAUUGUGAGGAGCCCUUCAAUAAUGAUGACGGACAUGUUUACGGAUGUGAUGAUCAGCAGUGCUCUAAUGUCUACAUGCAUAGAUCAUGUGCUAUGAUCCCGCUGCUGACCAUAGCGUCCGACGUCGACGUCGUCUGUCAUCAGAAGCCUAUGAUCCUGACGGAGCAUCUUGAUUGUAAGAAAAUAAGAGCUAAAUGCUUUGCAUGUCAAUUAGGCUGGUCAUCAGGUUCAACCUAUUCUUGCACAUCCCCAGCAUGUGAGAAUUUUCUCCAUAAAUCAUGUGCUGAGUUUCCGCGUAAAAUUCAGCAUCCCUUCCACCCACACAACUCUCUCAUACUCCAAGUCAGUAAACCUCAGUUGUGUCGUUCAUGUUGCACAAAAAAUAGGCUUGUUUAUAGUUGUCUUGAAAAAAGCUGUACCUUUAACUUGGGUAUAGAAUGCGCUUCUCUCGAUAUAACUUGGGUAAAAUGCCAAAGUCAUGAUCAUUCCCUUUCCUUAGUAGAGAAAUCUUCCUGUGUAUUUCAAUGUGAUGCUUGUCAAAAUUCUUACAAGAACCAAGUCAAAUAUGUUCCCGACGAAGUUAUUCAUACUCAAUCUUUCAUGUUUCGUUGCAUGAAUUGUGUUUUCAACUAUCAUUUUUUAUGUGGCCCAUUACCAACAACCGUCAAGUAUGAGUAUCACAUGCACCCUCUGAUUUUGUCAAAUCAUUCAGCCACCGAAGAUGGUUCAGAUGAAUAUUAUUGUGAUGUGUGCGAAGAAAAAAGGGAUAAAUCUUUUCGUAUUUAUUACUGUGAAGAAUGCACAUAUGCAGCUCAUAUACAUUGCCUGAUUUCGGAGAUUAUGAAGGUAAUAAAGGGAGACAAUAAGGAAGUGGUGCUUAGGGCCCUGGGAGAGGAGCGAUGGGAUCAAUAUUUGGGCAUCAUGGAAUCAAAAUCAAUGGAUUUGACCCUAAAACACAUAAUGGAUGAGCUUACUCAACAAGAAGAGGAGAUGCUGAUUCAUCCCUUCGGUUUUGAUGAUCAUAUGAGCAAUAACCGAAGAAGCAGAUAUCUUUAUUAUCAACAAUUAAAUUCUCGUUUCAAUCUUGAAGGAUCGAAUGAAGAUGUUGAUAAACUUGUUCAAUUCUUCUUGCUUAAUGCCAAAUCUGAUGACGAUUUUCAAAACUUUGACAAUGAGCUCUGGUAUUUCACACCAGAAGAAGAAGGUGGUUUAUUGAAAUUAUUAGAAGACAAGUAUUUAAGACAAGAGGUGGUGGAUGUUGAUGGUUACAUGGUACCAAAGAGAUUGGCUCCUGUUUUGAAAGCAUUUCUUCACAAGUAUGGCGAUCUUCGUGGCGAGAAAAGCUUGUCAUCGGCAAUGAAGAGCAUCACCUCUACUUUACUAUGCACAGUCUUCGACAGAAUGUGCAGAACUAAGGUCGAGGAUAUCACAAGGGAUGAUCUUAAACACUUACAUUUUUACCUUGAUGGAAUUCGAAAGAUUACAGGCUUCAACAUUGGUCGAUUUUUAUUUGAUUAUGUCCGCUCUCCUUCUCGUUUUCCUUUGAACCCUUUUCUUGGUUUCGAAGCAAUUAGAUAUGAAACAAAAAUUUGUGAAAAUCUAGACAACAAGAUCGCAACUUUAGAAGCCGAGUUGGAGAGAUGCAAGAAGAAUCGUGAGCAGCUCAAAAGUGAAACACAUAGAUCUCAGGGGUCAGAUUACAUGAAGCUCUGCUUGAGAGAAGCAUCGAAAUGGAAGAACAACAAACUUCUUGAUCAGUUUGGAAAUGUCGAUGGAGUUUGCAUCUUUUGUUUGGCUGAGAAUUCAAGUACCAUCCUAGAAGAGGCCAUACAGGCUUCCAAUGGGGUUACCAGAUUUGAUAAUCAUGUGCCUGAUUCCAUCAGCCUCUGUGAUAUUUGUGAUAACAAUUGCCACAAAGACCGUGUUCUUAGUGAGUAG